GGAGUAUCACCCGAGCCUCACUUGCUGGUAUAUAGACUUCCGUUUGUUUUCUAAAGGUUUUUGAUGCUUCCAACGGAAAUCUCCGGUGGAGUGUGUUUCACCUCAAGCGAACACUCCGGGGGAAGGAGAGAGACUAUGAAAACUGAGGAUAGUCAAUCAUGUCUUCAGCAAGGACCCACUGCUACCCCCUUCGGUGAGACGGAGCACGUAGGAGGGGGUGAGGUGUGCGCAGGCUGCGAGUCGCCAAUCGCCGACCGCUUUCUCCUACGGGUGAACGACCGGUCCUGGCACGAGACGUGCGUGAAGUGCGCCGUGUGCCUCUGCACGCUCACUGGCACCUGCUAUUCCCGAGAUCGACUCCUCUACUGCAAGCACGACUAUGAGAAGUUGUUUGUGCGGAAGUGCAGCGCGUGCCUGCAGGCCAUUGGGCGGUCGGAGCUGAUCAUGCGGGUGCUGGGGCAGGUCUACCACCUGGGCUGCUUCAGCUGCUGCGAGUGCGAGAGGAGGCUGCAGCGCGGCGACGAGUUUGUGCUGAAGGAGGGACAGCUGCUGUGCCGCGGCGACUACGAGAAGGAGAGGGAGAUGCUCGCCGCCAUCAGCCCCGCGCCCACAGAGUCUGUGAAGAGUGAGGAUGAGGAUGGAGGGGGCAACUCGCUGGUGGGGAAGGGAGGAGAGGACAGCAAGGAGCACAAGCGCUCGAAGCGGCCGCGCACCAUCCUCACCACACAGCAGCGGCGAGCCUUCAAGGCCUCCUUCGAGGUCUCCUCCAAACCCUGCCGAAAGGUGCGGGAGUCCUUAGCCGCAGAGACGGGGCUGACUGUGCGGGUGGUGCAAGUUUGGUUCCAGAACCAGAGAGCAAAGAUGAAGAAGAUUGCCCGCCGGCAGCAGCAGCAGCAACAGCAGCAGCAGCAGGAGCAGGAGCAGCUACGAGGCGGCAGGAGAGGGACGAGCCGUGGGGGACAGCAGAGCAACGACGACAGCGAGGAUGGUUCCAGUGGUCACGGAUUGGACGGUCUGCUGGCGUAUCCUCAGCUGCAUCGACAGCAGCUCCUGGCGCUGGAUCCAAACAUUUACGGAGCGGACCAGUUCCGCCACGGGCUCACGCCACCACAGCUGGGCCCGGACCAAAUGCACGCCUAUGACUCCGAAACCGUGUUCCACGACCUGGACAGUGAUGGAAGCCUCAGCCAGCUCGGUGACUGUCUCCUAGCAACAGCGGAGGGGGGUCUAUUAACAGGGCGCUUGGGAAAUCCAAUCGAUCGCCUCUACUCCAUGCAGAACUCCUACUUCACUUCGUGA